GGACCCCACCGUUUGGCUUUCUAAACGCUUCAGCUUCUCCAGCAUCUCUGCCUUUUGAAUGUCUUCCUGCUUCCAGUCAAAGGCUUUUCUCCAGUGAGUGGGAUGCUGCUGCACGCCUGAUUAAAGGUGCCUGAGGAUAUCACCUUUUACACGGAAGCCCUGCGUGCUUUAACAGGAUCUUUUUCAAUGCAUUAUGGCUCAUGCAGCCUCACAAUUAAAGAAAAACAGGGAUUUAGAGAUCAAUGCUGAAGAAGAGACUGAGAAAAAAAGAAAACAUCGCAAACGGUCCCGGGAUCGGAAGAAAAAGUCUGAUGCCAACGCAAGUUACUUAAGAGCAGCUCGAGCUGGACACCUAGAAAAGGCCCUUGACUACAUAAAAAAUGGUGUUGACAUCAACAUUUGCAAUCAGAAUGGGUUGAAUGCACUCCAUCUUGCUUCCAAAGAAGGCCAUGUGGAAGUUGUUUCUGAACUGCUACAGAGAGAAGCCAAUGUGGAUGCAGCCACAAAGAAAGGAAACACAGCGUUACAUAUCGCAUCUUUGGCUGGGCAAGCGGAGGUGGUCAAGGUCUUGGUCACAAAUGGAGCCAAUGUCAAUGCACAAUCUCAGAAUGGUUUCACGCCAUUGUAUAUGGCAGCCCAGGAAAACCACCUGGAAGUCGUCAAGUUUCUUCUUGACAAUGGUGCCAGCCAAAGCCUAGCCACAGAGGAUGGCUUCACACCACUGGCUGUAGCUUUGCAACAAGGUCAUGACCAAGUAGUUUCACUCCUCCUAGAGAAUGACACGAAAGGCAAAGUACGUCUUCCAGCUCUUCAUAUUGCAGCCCGAAAAGAUGACACGAAAGCCGCCGCCCUGCUGCUGCAGAAUGACAACAACGCAGAUGUGGAGUCAAAGAGUGGCUUCACUCCGCUCCACAUAGCUGCUCACUAUGGAAAUAUCAAUGUGGCCACGUUGCUGUUAAACCGAGCGGCUGCUGUGGACUUCACUGCAAGGAAUGACAUCACUCCCUUACAUGUUGCAUCAAAAAGAGGAAAUGCAAAUAUGGUGAAACUGUUGCUUGAUCGAGGAGCUAAAAUCGAUGCCAAAACCAGGGAUGGUCUGACACCACUGCACUGUGGGGCAAGAAGCGGCCAUGAGCAGGUGGUGGAAAUGCUGCUUGAUCGAGCUGCCCCCAUUCUUUCCAAGACCAAGAAUGGGUUGUCUCCACUGCACAUGGCCACGCAAGGGGAUCAUUUAAACUGCGUCCAACUUCUCCUCCAGCAUAAUGUACCUGUGGAUGAUGUCACCAAUGACUACCUGACUGCCCUACACGUGGCUGCCCACUGUGGCCAUUACAAAGUUGCUAAGGUUCUCUUGGAUAAGAAAGCUAACCCCAAUGCCAAAGCCCUGAAUGGCUUUACCCCUCUUCAUAUUGCCUGCAAAAAGAAUCGAAUUAAAGUAAUGGAACUCCUUCUGAAACAUGGUGCAUCCAUCCAAGCUGUAACCGAGUCGGGCCUUACCCCAAUCCAUGUUGCUGCCUUCAUGGGACAUGUAAAUAUUGUAUCACAAUUAAUGCAUCAUGGAGCCUCACCAAACACCACCAAUGUGAGAGGAGAAACAGCAUUGCAUAUGGCAGCUCGGUCCGGCCAAGCUGAAGUUGUGCGGUACCUGGUACAAGAUGGAGCUCAGGUGGAAGCUAAAGCUAAGGAUGACCAAACCCCACUCCACAUUUCAGCCCGACUGGGGAAAGCAGACAUAGUGCAACAGCUAUUGCAGCAAGGAGCAUCUCCAAACGCAGCCACAACUUCUGGGUACACCCCCCUCCAUCUUUCAGCCCGAGAGGGGCAUGAAGACGUAGCCGCAUUCCUUUUGGAUCAUGGAGCAUCUUUAUCUAUAACAACAAAGAAAGGAUUUACUCCUCUUCAUGUGGCAGCAAAAUACGGGAAGCUUGAAGUAGCCAAUCUCCUGUUACAAAAAAGUGCAUCUCCAGAUGCUGCUGGGAAGAGCGGACUAACUCCACUGCAUGUAGCUGCACAUUAUGAUAAUCAGAAGGUGGCCCUUCUGCUUUUGGACCAAGGAGCCUCACCUCAUGCAGCAGCAAAGAAUGGUUAUACGCCGCUGCACAUUGCUGCCAAAAAGAACCAGAUGGACAUAGCGACAACUCUGCUGGAAUAUGGUGCUGAUGCCAACGCAGUUACCCGGCAAGGAAUUGCUUCUGUCCAUCUCGCAGCUCAGGAAGGGCACGUGGACAUGGUAUCGCUGCUCCUCAGUAGAAAUGCAAAUGUGAACCUGAGCAAUAAGAGCGGUCUCACCCCACUCCAUUUGGCUGCUCAAGAAGACAGAGUGAAUGUGGCCGAGGUCCUUGUAAACCAAGGAGCACAUGUGGAUGCCCAGACAAAGAUGGGAUACACACCACUACAUGUGGGCUGCCACUACGGAAACAUCAAGAUUGUUAAUUUCCUUCUCCAGCAUUCUGCAAAAGUCAAUGCCAAAACAAAGAAUGGGUAUACGCCAUUACAUCAAGCAGCUCAACAGGGACAUACACAUAUAAUAAAUGUCUUGCUUCAGAACAAUGCCUCUCCCAAUGAACUCACUGUGAAUGGGAAUACCGCCCUUGCCAUUGCCCGGCGCCUUGGGUACAUCUCAGUGGUUGACACCCUGAAGGUAGUGACAGAAGAGACCAUGACCACGACUACCAUCACAGAGAAGCACAAAAUGAAUGUUCCAGAAACGAUGAAUGAAGUUCUUGAUAUGUCUGAUGAUGAAGUUCGUAAAGCCAACGCCCCUGAAAUGCUCAGUGAUGGCGAAUAUAUCUCAGAUGUUGAAGAAGGUGAAGAUGCGAUGACAGGGGACACAGACAAAUAUCUUGGGCCCCAGGACCUUAAGGAAUUGGGUGAUGAUUCCCUGCCUGCAGAGGGUUACAUGGGCUUUAGUCUUGGAGCCCGUUCUGCCAGCCUCCGCUCCUUCAGUUCGGAUAGGUCUUACACCUUGAACAGAAGCUCCUAUGCACGGGACAGCAUGAUGAUUGAAGAACUUCUUGUGCCAUCCAAAGAGCAGCAUCUAACAUUCACAAGGGAAUUUGAUUCAGAUUCUCUUAGACAUUACAGCUGGGCUGCUGACACCUUGGACAAUGUAAAUCUUGUCUCAAGUCCUGUUCAUUCUGGGUUUCUGGUUAGCUUUAUGGUGGAUGCAAGAGGUGGCUCCAUGAGAGGAAGUCGGCACCACGGGAUGAGAAUCAUCAUUCCUCCACGCAAGUGUACAGCCCCCACCCGAAUCACCUGCCGUUUGGUAAAGAGACAUAAACUGGCCAACCCACCCCCCAUGGUGGAAGGAGAGGGAUUAGCCAGUAGGCUGGUAGAAAUGGGUCCUGCAGGGGCACAAUUUUUAGGCCCUGUCAUAGUGGAAAUUCCUCACUUUGGGUCCAUGAGGGGAAAAGAGAGAGAACUCAUUGUUCUUCGAAGUGAAAAUGGUGAAACAUGGAAGGAACAUCAAUUUGACAGUAAAAAUGAAGAUUUAACCGAAUUACUUAAUGGCAUGGAUGAAGAACUUGACAGCCCAGAAGAAUUAGGGAAAAAGCGCAUCUGCAGGAUCAUCACUAAGGAUUUUCCCCAGUAUUUUGCAGUUGUUUCACGGAUUAAGCAGGAAAGCAACCAGAUUGGUCCUGAAGGUGGAAUUCUGAGUAGCACUACAGUACCCCUUGUCCAAGCAUCUUUCCCAGAGGGUGCUUUAACAAAAAGAAUUCGUGUGGGCCUCCAGGCCCAGCCCGUUCCAGAGGAAAUUGUGAAAAAGAUCCUUGGAAACAAAGCAACAUUUAGCCCAAUUGUCACUGUGGAACCAAGAAGAAGGAAAUUCCAUAAACCAAUCACAAUGACCAUUCCAGUGCCCCCGCCCUCAGGAGAAGGUGUAUCUAAUGGAUACAAGGGGGACACAACACCCAAUCUGCGCCUUCUCUGUAGCAUUACAGGGGGCACCUCACCUGCUCAGUGGGAAGACAUCACAGGAACCACUCCUUUGACGUUUAUAAAGGACUGUGUCUCUUUUACAACCAAUGUUUCAGCCAGAUUUUGGCUUGCAGACUGCCAUCAAGUUUUAGAAACUGUUGGGUUAGCCACACAGUUAUACAGAGAAUUAAUAUGUGUUCCAUAUAUGGCCAAGUUUGUUGUUUUUGCCAAAAUGAAUGAUCCUGUAGAAUCCUCCCUACGAUGCUUCUGCAUGACAGAUGACAAAGUGGAUAAAACUUUAGAGCAGCAAGAGAAUUUUGAGGAAGUUGCAAGAAGCAAAGACAUUGAGGUUCUGGAAGGAAAACCUAUUUAUGUUGAUUGUUAUGGAAAUCUGGCUCCACUGACCAAAGGAGGACAGCAACUUGUAUUUAACUUUUAUGCUUUCAAAGAAAAUAGACUGCCAUUUUCCAUCAAGAUUAGAGACACCAGCCAAGAGCCCUGUGGUCGUCUAUCUUUUCUGAAAGAACCAAAGACAACAAAAGGACUGCCUCAAACAGCUGUUUGCAACUUAAAUAUUACUCUGCCAGCACAUAAAAAGGAGACAGAGUCAGAUCAAGAUGAUGAGACGGAGAAAGCAGAUCGACGACAGAGUUUUGCAUCUUUAGCUUUACGUAAGCGCUACAGCUACUUGACUGAGCCUGGAAUGAUUGAACGGAGUGCAGGAGCAACAAGAUCCCUCCCCACCACUUACUCAUACAAGCCAUUCUUUUCUACAAGACCUUACCAGUCCUGGACAACAACUCCGAAUACAGUGCCCGGGCCAACCAAGUCAGGCUUCACUUCCUUAUCAAGUUCUUCCUCUAAUACGCCAUCCGCUUCUCCAUUAAAAUCAAUAUGGUCCGUUUCAACUCCUUCUCCAAUCAAAUCCACGUUAGGCGCAUCAACGACAUCUUCAGUUAAAUCUAUUAGUGACGUGGCGUCUCCAAUUAGAUCAUUUCGGACAAUGUCUUCGCCAAUAAAAACGGUGGUGUCACAGUCUCCAUAUAAUAUGCAAGUUGCCUCUGGUACCCUGGUUAGAGCUCCGGCAGUCACGGAGGCUAUGCCCUUAAAGGGGUUGGCAUCCAGUUCUACAUUUUCCUCUCGAAGCUCUCCCGUGACUACAGCAGGGUCUCUUUUGGAGAGGUCAUCAAUUACUAUGACACCCCCUGCCUCCCCCAAAUCAAACAUUAAUAUGUAUUCCUCAAGUUUACCAUUUAAGUCAAUUAUUACAUCAGCGGCACCACUAAUAUCUUCACCUUUAAAGUCAGUGGUGUCUCCAGCUAAAUCAGCAGUUGAUGUCAUUUCGUCAGCUAAAGUUACGAUGGCAUCAUCUCUCUCAUCACCCUUGAAGCAGAUGUCUGGACAUGCAGAGGUAGCGUUAGUCAAUGGAUCUAUUUCUCCUUUGAAAUAUCCACCAUCUUCAACUUUAAUUAAUGGAUGCAAAGCCACUGCCACGUUACAGGACAAAAUUUCUACAGCUACAAACUCUGUAAGCUCUGUGGUGAAUGCAGCCACUGACACAGCUGAGAAAGUGUUUUCUACCACAACAGCAAUGCCCUUUUCCCCACUCAGGUCAUAUGUUUCUGCAGCACCAUCAGCUUUUCAGUCUCUAAGAACUCCUUCCGCAAGUGCACUCUACACAUCUCUUGGGUCAUCAAUAUCUGCAACUACCUCAUCUGUAACUUCAUCAAUAAUAACAGUGCCAGUCUACUCUGUAGUCAAUGUUUUGCCAGAACCAGCAUUAAAGAAACUUCCAGACUCUAAUUCACUUACAAAAUCAGCAGCAGCCUUGCUGUCACCCAUUAAAACAUUGACUAUGGAGACACGCCCCCAGCCCCAUUUCAAUCGGACUGCAUCUCCAGUUAAGACAUCUUUGUUCCUUGCACCUUCUGCCCUUAAGCUGUCUACACCAUCUUCUUUAUCUUCUAGUCAGGAGAUACUAAAAGACGUGGCUGAAAUGAAGGAGGACCUAAUGCGGAUGACCGCAAUACUACAGACAGAUGUGCCAGAGGAGAAGCCAUUCCAACCUGAACUCCCCAAGGAAGGGAGAAUUGAUGAUGAAGAACCCUUCAAAAUUGUUGAAAAAGUCAAAGAAGACUUAGUGAAAGUUAGUGAAAUCCUUAAAAAAGAUGUAUGUGUAGAUAACAAAGGAUCACCCAAAUCACCAAAGAGUGACAAGGGACACUCUCCCGAAGAUGACUGGAUAGAAUUUAGUUCUGAAGAAAUAAGAGAAGCAAGACAACAGGCUGCUGUGAGCCAUUCUCCAUCUCUGCCAGAGAGAGUGCAAGUGAAAGCAAAGGCUGCCUCUGAGAAGGAUUAUAACUUGACCAAAGUUAUUGAUUACCUAACAAAUGAUAUUGGGAGUAGUUCACUGACAAAUUUAAAGUAUAAGUUUGAGGAUGCAAAGAAGGAUGGUGAGGAGAGACAGAAAAGAAUUUUAAAACCAGGAAUUGCUUUGCAGGAACACAAACUCAAAAUGCCGCCAGCCUCCAUGAGGCCUUCCACCUCUGAGAAGGAAUUAUGUAAAAUGGCUGACUCCUUUUUUGGAACAGAUACUAUUUUAGAGUCUCCAGAUGACUUUUCUCAACAUGACCAAGAUAAAAGUCCCUUGUCGGACAGUGGCUUUGAAACAAGAAGUGAAAAAACACCUUCAGCCCCACAAAGUGCUGAAAGCACUGGUCCCAAGCCACUUUUUCAUGAAGUCCCCAUCCCUCCUGUCAUUACGGAAACAAGAACUGAAGUAGUUCAUGUCAUCAGGAGCUAUGAGCCCUCCUCUGGGGAUGUUCCCCAGUCCCAACCAGAGGAACCAGUGUCACCCAAACCUUCCCCUACAUUUAUGGAAUUAGAACCAAAGCCUACCACCUCUAGUAUUAAAGAAAAAGUGAAGGCAUUUCAAAUGAAAGCCAGCAGUGAAGAAGAUGACCACAGUCGGGUUUUGAGCAAAGGCAUGCGUGUGAAAGAGGAGACUCACAUAACCACAACCACCAGAAUGGUUUAUCAUUCCCCACCAGGCAGUGAAGGUGCCUCUGAAAGAAUUGAAGAAACCAUGUCAGUCCACGACAUCAUGAAGGCUUUUCAGUCCGGGCGGGAUCCUUCCAAAGAACUGGCAGGGCUGUUUGAACAUAAGUCGUCAGUGUCUCCAGAUGUUCACAAGUCUGCUGCUGAAACGUCAGCCCAGCAUGCAGAGAAGGACAACCAAAUGAAACCCAAACUGGAGCGUAUAAUAGAAGUCCACAUCGAAAAAGGUAACCAAGCUGAGCCCACUGAAGUCAUUAUUAGAGAAACCAAAAAGCAUCCAGAAAAGGAAAUGUAUGUAUAUCAGAAAGACUUAUCCCGGGGAGAUAUUAACCUAAAAGAUUUUCUACCAGAAAAACACGAUGCUUUUCCUUGUCCAGAGGAACAGGGUCAGCAAGAAGAAGAAGAACUUACUGCGGAAGAGUCAUUGCCUUCUUAUCUGGAGUCUUCCAGAGUAAACACUCCUGUGUCCCAAGAAGAAGAUAGCCGCCCUAGUUCUGCUCAACUCGUAUCCGAUGACUCCUAUAAAACAUUGAAGCUUUUGAGUCAACACUCCAUAGAAUACCAUGACGAUGAGUUGUCAGAGCUAAGAGGGGAGUCUUACAGGUUUGCUGAGAAAAUGCUUCUGUCAGAAAAGCUAGAUGUGUCUCAUUCUGAUACUGAGGAAUCGGUUACAGACCAUGCAGGAACCCCUAGCUCAGAGUUACAGGGGUCUGAUAAGCGGUCCAGAGAAAAAGUAGCCACUGCCCCCAAAAAAGAAAUACUCUCCAAAAUCUAUAAAGAUGUGUCUGAAAAUGGUGUAGGUAAAGUGUCUAAAGAUGAGCAUUUUGAUAAAGUGACAGUAUUGCACUAUUCUGGCGAUGUUAGUAGUCCAAAACAUGCCAUGUGGAUGCGCUUUACUGAGGACAGAUUAGACAGAGGUAGAGAAAAGUUGAUAUAUGAAGAUAGGGUGGACAGGACUGUAAAGGAGGCUGAAGAAAAGCUGACAGAAGUAUCACAGUUUUUUCGUGACAAAACUGAGAAACUAAAUGAUGAACUGCAGUCCCCAGAGAAAAAGCCACGCCCCAAAAAUGGCAAAGAAUGCUCUUCUCAAAGCUCUACCAGUAGCAGCCCUGAGAAAGUACUAACAGAACUGUUAGCAUCCAAUGAUGAGUGGGUUAAGGCAAGGCAGCAUGGCCCUGACGGACAAGGCUCCCCCAAGGCCGAUGAGAGGACAGCAUCCAGUUUGCCCAGCAGCCCGGAGAAGAGAGUUGUGUCUGAACAGAGUGAAGAUGGCAAGUCCACCGUGGAGGCCAAAGGAAGUGUCCCACAGAGCAAAGCACCAGAAGGGCCCCAGUCUGGAUUUCAACUCAAACAAUCUAAACUCAGUUCCAUUAGAUUAAAAUUUGAACAAGGUACACAUGCAAAAAGUAAGGACAUAUCUCAAGAAGACAAAAAGCCAGAUGGCCAAUCCAGAAUCCCAGUUAAAAAAGUACAGGAGAGCAAGCUACCUGUCUACCAAGUGUUUGUUAGAGAAAAACAGCAGAAGGCCGUAGACCUCUCAGAGGAAAGCGUGUCUGUCCAAAAAGAUUUGAUGGUCCUAAAAGCUAAAGAUGAGCAUGUCCAAAGCAACGAGAUUGUUGUAAAUGAUUCUGGCUCUGAUGACGUGAAAAAACAGAGAACUGAAAUGUCAAGUAAAGCAAUGCCUGACUAUUUUUCUGAGGAACAGGCUAAAGACUUGGCAUGUCAUGUAACCUCAGAUUUAGCAACCAAGGGACCAUGGGACAAAAAGGUCUUUAGAACAUGGGAAAGUUCUGGAGCCACUAACAAUAAGUCACAGAAAGAAAAACUUUCACAUGUACUUGUUCAUGAUGUAAGAGAGAAUCACAUUGAUCACCCCGAGAGUAAAAGUGUUGAUCAAAAGAAUGAAUGUCUGUCUGUGACUGAGAGAGAACACAAAUUGUUAACAAAUGGCUCUCUCUCAGAAAUUAAAGAAAUGACUGUAAAAUCUCCCUCCAAGAAAGUUUUAUACAGGGAGUAUGUUGUUAAAGAAGGGGAACGUCCAGGUGGAGCUUUCGAUCAACCUCCCAGGAGAAGCGAGAGCUCAGCAAUGUCACACAUUCCAGUCAGAGUGGCUGAUGAGAGGAGAGUGCUGUCUCCUAAUAUUCCUGAUGGGUUUUGUGAGCAGUCGACAUUUCCAAAACAUGAACUAUCACAAAAAGUGUCCCAGUCAACUAUGAGUAAAGAGACAGUUGAGACACAGCACUUUAAUUCUGUAGAAGAUGAAAAAGUUACCUAUUCAGAAAUCAGCAAGGUUUCCAAACAUCAGAGUUAUGUAGGCUUAUGCCCGCCUCUUGAUGAAACUGAGACUUCCCCCACCAAAUCUCCUGAUUCUUUAGAGUUUAGCCCAGGAAAGGAAUCUCCAUCUAGUGAUGUAUUUGACCACAGUCCCAUUGAUGUAUUGGAAAAACUUGCACCACUAGCCCAGACAGAGGGAGGGAAAGAGAUAAAAACUUUACCUGUUUAUGUCAGUUUUGUACAAGUGGGGAAGCAAUAUGAAAAGGAGAUACAACAGGGGGGUGUAAAAAAAAUCAUAAGUCAGGAAUGUAAGACAGUCCAAGAAACCAGAGGGACCUUUUAUACAACCAGACAGCAAAAGCAGCCUCCUUCUCCCCAAGGUAGUCCAGAAGAUGAUACUCUAGAGCAAGUGUCCUUUCUAGAUAGCUCUGGGAAAAGCCCUUUAACCCCAGAAACACCCAGUUCAGAGGAAGUAAGUUAUGAGUUUACGUCUAAGACCCCAGACUCACUAAUAGCUUAUAUACCAGGCAAACCUAGCCCAAUUCCGGAGGUUUCUGAGGAAUCAGAGGAGGAGGAGCAGGCCAAAUCAACCUCCCUGAAGCCCACUACGGUGGAAGAAACAGUGGUCGAGCGUGAAAUACCUAAAGAUGUGAGCAGAGACUCUAGCCCAAGACCCAAAAAUAACAGAGUUGCCUAUAUUGAAUUCCCCCCUCCUCCACCGCUGGAUGCGGACCAGAUCGAGUCAGAUAAGAAGCAUCAUUAUCUUCCCGAAAGGGAGGUUGACAUGAUUGAAGUCAAUCUGCAAGAUGAGCAUGAAAAAUACCAGCUGGCUGAACCAGUCAUCAGAGUGCAGCCACCCUCACCAGUUCCUCCCGGGGCAGAUGCCACUGACUCAAGUGAUGAUGAAUCUAUUUAUCAGCCUGUCCCUGUUAAAAAAUAUACUUUCAAAUUAAAGGAAGUAGAUGAUGAACAAAAGGAAGUGGCAAAAUCCAAAGCUUCUGCUGAAAAGGCUUCCAACCAGAAAGAACUGGAAAGUAACGGAUCUGGAAAAGAUAAUGAAUUUGGCCUUGGCCUUGACUCGCCUCAGAAUGAAACUGCCCAGAAUGGGAACAAUGACCAGUCCAUUACCGAGUGCUCUAUUGCCACCACGGCAGAGUUUUCUCAUGACACAGAUGCCACAGAGAUUGACUCUCUGGAUGGCUAUGAUCUGCAAGAUGAAGAUGACGGUCUGACAGAGAGUGAUUCGAAACUCCCAAGUCAAACUAUGGAAAUCAAAAAAGAUGUCUGGAACACAGAGGGCAUUCUGAAGCCAGCAGAUCGCUCUUUUAGCCAAAGCAAACUUGAAGUUAUUGAGGAGGAGGGAAAGGUGGGACCAGAUGAAGAUAAGCCAUCCUCCAAAAGUUCUUCAUCUGAAAGGACUCCUGAUAAGACUGAUCAGAAGUCGGGGGCCCAGUUUUUCACACUGGAAGGCCGACAUCCUGACAGAUCAGUGUUUCCUGAUACUUAUUUCAGUUACAAAGUAGAUGAAGAAUUUGCCACUCCUUUCAAAACAGUAGCUACCAAAGGUCUAGAUUUUGACCCUUGGUCUAAUAACCGAGGGGAUGAUGAAGUUUUUGAUGGUAAAUCACGGGAAGAUGAAACUAAGGCAUUUGGUCUGGCGGUGGAAGACCGCUCUCCAGCAACAACCCCUGACACUACGCCAGCCAGAACGCCAACUGAUGAAAGUACCCCAACUAGUGAGCCUAACCCUUUCCCAUUCCAUGAAGGAAAAAUGUUUGAGAUGACUCGCAGUGGUGCAAUUGACAUGAGCAAGAGGGAUUUUGUUGAAGAGAGGCUCCAAUUUUUCCAGAUUGGUGAGCAUACUUCUGAAGGGAAGUCAGGGGACCAGGGGGAAGGGGAUAAAAGUAUGGUCACUGCCACCCCACAGCCACAGUCAGGGGACACCACUGUAGAAACCAAUCUAGAGAGAAAUGUAGAGGCACCUCCAGUUGAACCUAACCCCAGCAGCCCGACCAGCGGCGAGUGUGAGGAAGGCACAUCCAGUGGUGGCUCCCUGGAGAGAUCAGCCGCAGACAGUAACACCUCUAAAGUUGACCCCAAGUCACGUACGCCUAUAAAAAUGGGAAUUUCUGCAUCUACCAUGACCAUGAAGAAAGAAGGCUCUGGAGAAGUGACAGAUAAGCUAGAAGCUGUGAUGACCAGUUUUCAGGGAUUAGAAAAUGAAAUUACAGUGAUUUCAAAUGCAGCCAGUAGCCAGAUGGGCAUUAGGCCUCAAGAAAAACAUGAUUUUCAAAAAGAUAACUUUAAUAACAACAACAAUUUGGAUUCUUCCACUAUACAGACAGAUAACAUUACAAGUCAUGUAGUUCUGACAGAACAUUUUGCACCCACUUGUACCACAGAGAAAGCUAAUCCAGUGAAAGGCUCAUCAGGAAAAAAGACAGGGGUACUACAAGGACACUGUGCCAGAGAUAAGCAGAAAGUUCUUGGAGAGCAGCAAAAGACAAAAGAAUCAAUAGGGAUUAGGCGAAAAUCCAAACUUCCCAUAAAGGCCACUUCACCAAAAGAUAUCUUCCCACCAAACCAUAUGCCAAACAGUAAAACAAGUAAAAUGAAACAGGUUAGUCCAUCCGAGAAAACCAAAACCCUUACUACUUCUUCAUGUGUAGAUGUGAAAUCCAGAAUUCCAGUAAAAAACACACACAGGGAAAAUCUAGUUUCAGUCAGAAAAGCAUGUGCCACACAAAAGCAAGGGCAGCCAGAGAAAGGCAAGGCCAAACAGCUUCCAUCCAAGUUGCCAGUAAAGGUAAGAUCCACCUGUGUCACCACCGCCACCACCACCAACACCACCACCUCCACCACCACCACAGUUAAAGUUAGGAAAAGUCAGCUUCAGGAAGUAUGUAAACAUUCCAUUGAAUAUUUUAAGGGCAUUAGUGGCGAGACCUUAAAGCUUGUGGACCGCCUCUCUGAAGAAGACAAAAAGAUGCAGUCGGAGUUGUCCGAUGAGGAAGACAGUACCUCAAGAAACACGUCGUUGUCCGAGACUUCCCGGGGUGGCCAGUCUUCAGUUACAACGAAGUCUGCUAGAGAUAAGAAAACAGAGGCAGCACCUUUAAAAUCAAAGAGUGAAAAGGCCGGCAGUGAGAAAAGGAGCAGUAGGAGGACUGGUCCACAGAGUCCAUGCGAACGGACAGAUAUCAGGAUGGCAAUAGUAGCGGAUCACCUGGGACUUAGUUGGACUGAACUGGCAAGGGAACUGAAUUUUUCAGUGGAUGAAAUCAAUCAAAUACGUGUGGAAAAUCCAAAUUCUUUAAUUUCUCAAAGCUUCAUGUUAUUAAAAAAAUGGGUUACCAGAGAUGGAAAAAAUGCAACAACUGAUGCCUUAACUUCGGUCUUGACAAAAAUUAAUCGAAUAGAUAUAGUGACUCUACUAGAAGGACCAAUAUUUGAUUAUGGAAAUAUUUCAGGCACCAGAAGUUUUGCAGAUGAAAACAGUGUUUUCCAUGAUCCUGUUGAUGGUUGGCAGAAUGAGACAUCAAGUGGAAACCUAGAGUCCCCUGCUCAAGCUCGAAGAAUAACUGGUGGGUUACUAGAUCGACUGGAUGACAGCCCUGAUCAGUGCAGAGAUUCCAUUACCUCAUAUCUCAAAGGAGAACCUGGAAAAUUUGAAGCUAAUGGAACCCAUGCAGAAGUCACACUUGAAGCAAAGACAAAAUCUUACUUUCCAGAAUCCCAAAAUGAUUUAGGAAAACAGAGUGCUAAGGAAACUCUGAAACCCAGAAUACACGGAUCUGGUCGUGCUGAGGAACCAACAUCACCACUAGCAGCAUAUCAGAAAUCUCUGGAAGAAACCAGCAAGCUUGUAAUAGAAGAGCCUAAACCCUGUGUGCCUGUCAGUAUAAAAAAGAUGAGUAGGACUUCUCCUGCUGAUGGCAAGCCAAGGCUUAACCUCCAUGAAGAAGAGGGAUCUAGUGGGUCUGAGCCAAAGCAGGGAGAAGGUUAUAAGGUGAAGAUGAAGAAAGAAAUACGGCAUGUGGAAAAGAAGAGCCACUCCUAACAGUGAACAGUCAGUCAAGGAUCAUGUGUUUUUACUGCCAGGUAAAGAAAUUCAUGGAAGAAAUAUCGGAAGUAAAAAAUUUACGGAGAAGGGUGUGUGUGUUUGCUGCUUCCACACAUUAAUGGCAUGAUUUUUUUAUGCAAAAAGAAAACCAGAAAAAGAAAACAACUCAUUUUAAUUUAGCAUGAGCCAAUUUACAGAGCAUGGAAAUUCACUUUCAUUUCCGGGAUUGGCGCGUGUGCAAUUAGCAAUGCAGUGUAUACAAGAAGCCAUGCUGUUAACAGUUUAUCUCAAGUAAUUUGGUGUCAUUUACAAAAGGAAGAAAUUCCUGCCACCAGAAGAGACAGAAGGAGAUGUAAUGAUCAAAUCAAGUAGAAACACUAAAAUUACUAAAUCCACAACAGCUCGCCUUAUUUUUCUUGGACCCAAACUGUCAGGGUAUAAACACUAUUUGUUUCUUUUUUAAAACAUCAAUAGUUUUGCUGUAAAUAAUAACACUGUAAAAAUUCUAACAGACAGAUAGAAUAAAUGUUGAUAAGGCACUGCCUCUUAGAACACAAACAGAAUAUUGCAAAUGCAUUUAAAUAAUAGGAGUCUCAAGUGACUUCACCCUAGAAGAGGGAGGGAGGGAUUCUGGGUGGGGGGGACUCUUCACCAACUCUUGUAUAUUAGCAAUUAUAAUGUUUGUAUAUGCAAAACUGCUAGCUUGAUUUUAAAAAGAAAAGCAAAUCUUUAAAAUCUGCUGCAAAUUUAAAUAAUUCCCAAAAUGAGGAAUUCUGUAGUUCUGUGAAAAAAUUUUUCUUCAGAAUACUAAUAUUUUGAUGCAUGUGUAUCACCUUAUUUUGAUUAAAUCUUUUCCAAUUUUGCAAACACUACAGUAUACUGCAACACAGAAGAUUUUAUCUGUAAACACAAAGCCCUUCAUCUAAUAUUUGUUGCUAUUGCCAAUUUUUCAAUGAAAUGACCUAAAAAUAGAAAAAAAAAAAAACCUAUGCAGUAGUUGCUUUAGGGGGUGGGGGGAUGCUGUUAGUGCUUAAAAGGGGGAAAUGCUUGCCGCUAUAGAGGUGGAUGGUGCUCAUAAGAGGCCCCAGCUGGGGGGAUUUAAAAUGGACUGAACAGAAAUCCUUAGCUAGUAGAAUGGCAGCACGCUAUAAAAUUAUUCCUGUAUCGUGUACCAGCCAUGAAAUGUAGACAACUUUCAGUAAGCCAAUCAUUUGUAACCAUUCUAGCAGUGUCAUAUUAGGUUAAUAAGGCUGCUGUGUUUGAAAGGGCAUUUUUAUUUGGGUUUUGGUGAAAUUCUUUAAUUUGUUGAUGAUUCACAUAAAAUCAGCAUUCACUGACACGUAACUUUAAUGACAUAUGUAUGAAAAACCAGACACUGGAUGACCUAGUCAAUUAUUUAAAGAUAAAAUAAAUUGUGUUAAAACUCUUCACCU